GUUUAGUUUAGUGAAAAACAUUCGCAUGAGGUGAACGUAAACAAAUAAUAAAAAAUAAAUAAAAGUUUCACAGAGAAAUGGAUAGUCCGCCAAAAAAGCAAGAAAUGAAUAUCCUCGAGGCAUGUUCCUUUGGGAAUUGGUAUGAAAAGUUUGAAAAGAUCACCAUUAAAUCCUUCCUGUUACCCAUUCCCAAUGAUAUCUUGGACUACCUGCGUGAUGACAUCAUAAUCCUACCACGAGAAUGUCUUCCGGAAACAGAAGAAGAAGAAGAGGAAACAAUUGAGGAGGAAGAGGAUUCCAGCACAGUGUCCUUUCCGGAGUUUUCAGGUGAAAUUCAGAGGAUUCUCCAGCGACUCCCUGGUGGGGCUUUUCUCAAGACAAACUGGCACUGUGCCCGGGAUGCUCAUUGGAUUAUGCCCGGACAGAGUCUACGUGUUCGGAAUCUCGAUGAGGUCUAUCAGCUGCUGAAGGCAUCAAAUUUCUCCAAAAUGGAUUUGAGCCCUGAAAGGGGAUUUGCGUGUGGCUUCAAUUUCACCGUUGUCCUGCGGAAGUGGCAGGAAAUUAAUCCAGCCAAUGAAUUUAGAUGCUUUGUGCGGCGUCACACACUAAUUGCCAUCUCUCCGCGUGCCUGGCCCGAAUACUAUGAGCACAUUUAUCAGCAAAAAAGUGACAUUAUCCGGGAUAUUUGUACGCUCUUCAAGGAAUACAUCAAGAAUCGUUUCCCUCUCAAUGACUAUGUCUUUGAUGUUGUCCGGGAGCGCAAAGACAGCGUUCAGCUGGUGGAUUUUGCACCAUUCAAUCAGGAAUAUACGAAUUCCUUGGCAUUUGAUUGGCUCGAACUGGAGGAUGAUGAGAAAUAUCCAGCAAAUGGGGAGGAUGAACCGGAAUUUUGCUACCUCAAAGAAAACAUUGGGAUUCAACCGAAACAAAAGGAAAUCUUUGGGCUUCCGUUGGAAUUUACAACAUUCGCUGGGAAUUCGGAAGCUUCAGUGGCGCAACAUCUCACGGAAUUGGGACUCUGAAAUUUCAGUUUCCUUUCAAAGGAGAAUGUAACCUUCAGAAAGGAGUGUGUGACCUUCAAGGAAUCUUCCACAUUUCCUUGCAAAAAAUUAGAUUAUUUUUUAAAAUGAAGAUAAUCGUGUAAAAAAAUGAAAGAAAUAAACAGUUUUAUGCCUAAAAUCGCCUAAAAUAGUGAAUCAAAAA